CGACGUUGUUUUAUUUUUUUGCAGGGCUAUAAAAAGAGGAAAUAAUAUAUCGCCACAUUAGUCAUCCGAAGAAAGGUCCAUCUACCAACUGCACUUCACAUGUUGGCCAGACAAAGGCAUUCCUAACGACGUCACAGCGAUCAUUGAGUUUAGACAAAGAGUACUGAAUACCCCUACAACGUAUAAAGGACCUACUGUGGUCCACUGCAGUGCUGGUGUCGGAAGAACUGGCACGUACAUUGCUCUUGACAUUCUGACGAAGGAGGGUGAAGCUGAACACGCGAUGAAUAUCCCUGGAUGUGUGGUCAACAUGCGACAGAACAGGCCGAAUAUGAUACAGACUUGGGAGCAGUAUCAAUAUCUCCACAAGGUUGUUGUGUAUUCCCUGACUUGCAACUGCACACCGAUCAAAGCAGAACAAUUUCAGCAAUACAUGAAGACAACAAGAGGAGCUGACUUAAACCGGCAAUUUCAGCAACUUCAACACACCAUUGAACAGCGAUCGAAACAGGAAGCAAACGCAGUCGAAAGAAACAAACAGCACUUGGCUAACAAUCGAGCCAAUGCAGACAUACCGGGUGAUGAUAAGCGAACACGACUCUACCUUGGGUUGACAAGUGGAUCUUCUGAUUAUAUCAAUGUUGUGUAUAUACAUGAUCAAUUCGUCUUCUGUCAUGAGAGCGUACUAGAAUACUUGCGAGCCUUUGACAAGGAUGUGUACGCUUACUUCGCUGGUUCCAACGAAUAGAGGCAAUGUCGAAUGGAAUUAAG